AUGCAGACUUAUAAAUGCUGCUAUCAAAUGUGCCUAGACAUUCCUAAAUGAAUGUGUGCAUGUUCAAGUCCUCCUUGCUUAUUAUGCCAGAGCCAUCUUGGAGUUCACCUUGUAGCAAAUGCUUCACCUUCUUGUAGCCCACAAAUUAUCGAGCUUCAGCCCGUAAAUGCUGGAAGUAAAAUAAAAUUUAUUCAAUCCCUUCACCUACAAACAAAACAUUUUGUUUAAUUCAAUUUUUUAUUAAAAUUUUAUAUGAAAUUAAAUAAAAAUUUUAUAUCAAAGCAAUAAACGAAAUAAUUAUGAUUUAGAUCAAAAUAUUAUUUAAAUAAUUUUUUGAUAUUUUUCUCUGUCAUUUCAAGGGAUUCAGCACAUCAAGUCCCAACAACUUUAUAUAGAGAAAACAAAGAAAGACUUAAUAAUACAAGCCAGCAAUAUAAAUGACUUGAUCAGUAAAGUGCUGACAAAGGCUUUGAGAGAUCUUAAAGGAUUAGAAACACGUUGCUCUUUGCUAUUAAAAAAAGCAAUUAAUAUGAAUACUAAUUGCUCUCCUUACUGCGAGGUUGGGUCUAUUUUAUCAAAAAACCCAGAUGAAAUCAAUAGCUUGCUUCCCAGCUGGAAUUUUUCAGAGUUUUUAAACCCUAUUAAUGGAAUAUUCGCAAAUCUAGAGCAAUAUCUUAAUAUGGGUGUAGGUCCAAUGAUCGUGCAAAUUUAAUAGUGUGUAUUUCAUCGAAGAAAAUUUGGUUAAAAAUCUUUAAAUAGAGUACCAUUUGGCCUAUUUUAACGUUUUUCGGUCAAAUGUCUCACUAUCAAAAAUGAUUCUAACAAAUUUUUCCCCUAGAGAUGUCGCACUAUCAAAAAAUACACGAUCAUUUGACAUGGAGCCUCUUAAUACAAAUUUUGCUCUUAUUGAUCCUCAAAAUGCACAAAUCCAUAAUAUUGCUCCCAGCCCUUUACCUCAGCUAUUGCCAAAAAAUCCUUCUUCAUCAAAUGGUACAAAUCCUCAGGAAAUUCCGCUCCCCGGAAGCAGUCUCAUUUUUUAUCAUUCCACAAAUAAACAAAUAAUCGAAAUUGACACAAUUACAAAUACCACUAGAAAUGACUCAAUAAGGCUUGAAAGCUAUAUGUCUCAAGGAAUUUCUAUGAUUAGGCUUCCAAAUAGGACUAUAUUCUGCUAUGGAGACACUGAUGACAAUAGAAAAGGAUCUACUUUCAUUAUUGAAAGCAAAUCAAGAAUCACGCAUCUGCAAAAUGGCUGGCCUUGCAAAUGAGCAUCACUCGCAUACUUGAAUGGAAAUAUUUAUGCAUUUGGAGGAUCUGAAGGAUUGAACAAGCUAAAUACAUUUCGUAGGUUUGACAUUGUCAGCAAGAGGUGGAAUCUUAUAUCUUUAUUAUCAUAUAUUACCUAUAAUUUUUAACGUAUCCUACUGAGCUGCUCAUCUCCUUCUACCACUGUUGCCGCUCUGGGGUUUCCAUUUUAUUGGCAUGAAGGUCUUUUGAGGGAGGCUUCAAAAGGAGCCACUGGAAAGAUGCCAACGCCAACGUUCCGGUUUUGACGGGUUGUCCUGACCUCGCUCUCUCUUACUCGACUAACUGUGCUCCCAGCUAAAGGUUAACCCUCCGGAUUGGUCGCUCAGCAAAACACUGUUCCUUUCGCUUACUAGGGCUAGAUGUCCACUAAUCGUCGGUCUCGCCUGGUAUAGGCGGAUUAGGAUUCAUCUGAAAACUAAACCUCAUAAUUAAAAUAUUGCUGAAUGAGAAGCAAUUAGAGGAGCUAAUUGCUUUCGACAAAAUACCAUAUUGACUAUGCAAUAGGUGAAAUCAGCCUGGAACAAUGCCCAUCUUUAUGAAGCAUUCUUCAGCAGUAACUUUUCAAGGGAAAGUUUAUGUAGUCGACUAUGACACUGGACAUCUUUAUUCACUAGACCCAGAUACCGGCAUUUUUUCUCAACGAAUCCAGGCGUUCAAAGCUGCAGCUUUGAAAUUGCUAUUUUCAGACAUGGAUAAUCUUUAUGUGAUAGAGUCAGGAGGAUCUAUCUAUAUGGGUAAUCCUCCAAAUAAAUUGGCUAAAGUACAUGGUCCGAUGCCUAAUCUUUUUGCUGAUAAACUUGCUUCACCCAUUUUAGUUAUUGAUAGUUUUGCUUAUUAUGUUGCACUUCAAAGCCAAGCAUCAGAGUAUUUUUUAUACAAAUUUGACAUGAAGAGGCGAGUAAACUCAAAGGAAAAUGAAUGGCUAUAG